AUGGAAUUUUUAGAUAUAGUUGUAAGAUGGCCAGGAAGCUACCAUGAUAGCUUUAUAUUUAGUGGAAGCCAUGCAAACAAAUACUUUUCUGAAAGUAUUGACCAUGCGUUAUUGCUUGGAGAUGGAGGUUAUGCAUGUAAACCUUAUUUGUUUACACCUUUAAGAACCCCUGUAACACCAUCAGAGCGAAAGUAUAAUAAAUGUCAGAUUAGAACAAGAAAUAUAAUAGAACGGACAUUUGGAAUAUGGAAAAGAAAAUUUCCUUGUUUGAGAAGUUGUCUUGCUAAUGCACCUGGUACAACUGUAAAUAUUAUUCUUUCUUGUGCAUUACUUCACAACAUCUCUCGAAAAUAUAAUCAAUAUACCACAGACAGUGAUGAAGAAGAGGAAGACUUAGAAGAGGAAGAUGGUGAAGUUGCUGGAGAAAUUGACCACAGUAUACUAGGACCUGCAGCAAGACAAGCUUAUAUCAUAAGGCAUUUCAGUUAA